GGGGCUUAGGCUGACAUGGCAGUAAGGGUCCAGUAGCCGCAUGUGAGGCCUGCUUCGGAGAAUGUUAGGUGUCAGCUCUGUGCCAUUUGCUUGUGAAUACUAUAUUUAAGCGAGCCUCUCCUCUACUUUCUCUCAUCUGAUCUAUUUACACCAUUCUUUUAUAAAAGAUUUAAUCCAAAGGCAAACAUGUCUGCGCCACAAGAUUACCCUCCCGCUUUGCAUCCAGGUGCUGCGCCGCCAGCGUAUCAAGCGUAUAAUCCCGAUACAAAGCAGCCUACUGUCUCAGAGCAACCGAUUAAUCAACAACAGCAGCAGCAUCAGUAUGCUCCUUCACAGCCACAAUACGGGCAACAGGUGCAUCAGCCGAAUCAGACUCAAUAUGGACAGCCGCAGCAUCAACAACACGGUGCCGCGCCAGCGUUGCCGCAAGGAUGGAUCAGUGAAUGGAGCUACCAGCACAAUGCAUGGUUCUAUGUAUAUACGCCGACCGGACUAACACAGUGGGAGAUGCCCAAGCCUCCUGCAUCUCCAAACCAGUCGUUUCCACCUCCUCCUCCAGGUACAGCGCCCGGCCUAGAGACGACGAACAACGAGGGUGAAAAACAAAACUCACCUCCUACAACUGACCCUACGAAUCAGUCUGAAAAUGCUGGUGCCCCGGGACAAUUUCCCUCGGGGCAGCCAGGGCAACCUGGACAAGGACCACACGGACAAUCUGUUCAAUAUCACCCCCAGCAGCAGCAUGCUUAUAACCAAGGCAUGCAACCGCAGCAUGGGAUGUCACCACAGCAAGGAAUGCAAGGAGGCGAGAUGCCUGGACCGGAUGGCGAGCGUGGCCUGGGUAAGGCUGCGCUUCUUGUCGGUGGAGGUCUUCUUGCAGCCGCCUCUUUUGGACCAUUGAAGAAUAAGAUUGGCAAAUACUUUGGCAACAAGCCCCCUGGUGGACAACAGGGAGGCUACCAGCAGCAAGGAGGAUAUCCUCCUCAGCAGCAGUACAACUACGGAACUCCCCUUCCUCCACCUAGCCCGUACAACAGCAACAGUGGUCCUCAACAGCCUACCUACGGCGGUGUUCCUCCUCCCAUGGCUGGCCACGUCAAUCCAGUAGGCGGCAGUGGUGGCGCAGGAGUCCCGCCACUAUUUAUUCACGCGGCUACAUUUGCGGAUAGAGACAUUACGCAAGUGGUCCGAAGCCUCAUCACGAGAAACCAGUCCCUCGAGUUCAAGGGUAAAGAGCUCAAGAACCGAUUUAGUGAUCCCUGGCCCGGAGCCGAUAGAAAGUCUUUCAUUGUCUUGUACCAAUAUGGAGACCGACCCAUGGAAGUAUUGGCUUCCGAUGACCAAGAGGAACUCAUUGAAAUCAAACACGGCGCUAUAUCGAAAAAGCGAAUGGACUUUUGCCAGCCGCCUCCUGCCCGCAUCGUCUGCUGCAUUUGGGGCGUCGCCAAUGCUACAUCGUAUGUAUCGGAUCAGCCUAUAACAACGGCACCUGGCGUGCUGUUGACCGACCGGGAGGAAGAACAAAAUCUAAUUGUGUCUCGUAGGGCGGCGAACUCACAACAACUCGAGACAGCAGGAGAGAUGGAGGCUUCCAAGGAGACGUUGGGUGAUGGUGACUGGUAUAGCUGGGAGCAUCGGACUUUGAACUGCUUCUACCGAGAUGAUCAUGGAAACAUUUCUAUUGUGUCUUGUAGAGAGGGUGGUACUUUGCGUAUGCCAUGGAAUCCUUUGGCCAAGUGGUCAUGAACUGUAAAGCAGAGCGGAGAAGAACGAAACAGAGAAGAGCAGAGGAGGUCAUAUAAUGAGGAAAAGUAGUUGAUAUUUUCUGGAAAAAGUAGCUAAUCUAUCCAAAAACGAAACUGAGCUCAUAUACAGAAUACCAAGUAGGCAGAU